UUAUUGAUUGAAUGAAACUGAAUAUGAGAUUCCCGGCAACCGGCACGUCAGAUUUUUAAAUAAACAAGAAGUGUUAAUUAUGAUAAUAAUGAUGAAACUGUUGUUGUUUAUGUUAUUAUCCCAUGUGUUAGUGGAUGGAAGAAAGCCAAACGUUUUAUUCAUAGUUGUGGAUGAUUUAAGGCCAUCAAUUAAAGUUUUUAAUGAUGAUAAUGCAUAUACACCUAAUUUAGAUAUUCUGGCACAGAAAAGCUUCAUAUUUCAUAACGCAUUUGCACAACAAGCACUCUGUGGUCCCAGUCGAACUUCUUUCUUAACCAGCAGAAGACCAGACAGCUUGCAUUUAUAUGAUGUCCAUAGUUAUUGGAGACAUACAGUUGGAAACUUCACAACAAUCCCACAACAUUUUAAAGAGAAUGGUUACAUGACCCAUUCAAUUGGAAAAGUUUUCCAUCCUGGUGUUGUAUCCAAUUACACAGAUGAUUUUCAAUACAGUUGGAGCUUUAAGCCCUUCCAUCCAGUCACAGACAAAUACAAGAACAGCAGAGUUUGUGUUAACAGGUACGGUCAUAAACAGGCAAACAUUGUUUGUCCUGUCAGAAUUGAAGACCAACCAAAGGAAAGUCUGCCUGACAUUGAAACUUUAAAUGCUGGAUUGAAAUUCUUGCAAAGGAAAUGGUCAAAACCUUAUUUUCUAGCUGUCGGAUUUCAAAAGCCUCAUAUACCAUUAAAAUACCCAAGAAAAUAUUUAGAUUAUCAUCCAUUGAAUAAAGUGACUUUACCUAAAAAUAGACAGAGACCUUCAGAUUUGCCAAACGUGGCUUGGAAUCCAUGGUUGGAUGUUAAAUCAAGAGAUGAUGUUGCUGCACUCAACAUUUCAUUUCCAUUUGGAAUGAUGCCUGAUAAUUUUUCUUUGCUUAUUAAGCAAAGCUAUAUGGCAGCAACAACUUAUAUUGAUGAUCUCAUUGGGAAAUUAUUAACAGAAAUAGAUGAUAAUACUAUUGUCGUAAUUUUUGGAGAUCAUGGAUUUUCUUUGGGCGAACAUGGCGAAUUUGCAAAAUACAGUAACUUUGAUGUAGCCACAAGAGUUCCCUUAAUAAUACACGUUCCCAAAUGGACGGAAACGUUAGUACAAUCUAAAGAGUUAGUCGAAUUGGUUGAUUUGUUUCCAACGUUAGUUGAUUUGACUCAAAUCUCACCAAGUUUAGAUACAUGUUCUGAGAAGGAAACUAAAUUAUGCACAGAGGGUAUAAGUCUUGUACCUCAUAUGAUUGAUUUGAUUAAUAAUAAAACUGAGAAGGUGAGGAAGAGAGCAAUUUUCACACAAUAUCCCAGACCUGGGAUAUAUCCAAGCAUUUAUCCUAAUAGCGAUCAGCCUAAAUUAACGGAUAUUCAAAUAAUGGGGUAUUCGAUCAGAACAUCACUAUUCCGGUAUACAGAAUGGGUUGAAUUUGAUAAUAGUUUAUUUUUACCCAACUGGUCUAAAGUAUAUGCUAUCGAAUUAUAUUGCCAUCAGUUUGAUAAGGCGGAAAAUAUCAAUUUAUCAAACAGGCCGCAAAUGAAGCAUAUUAUGAGACGUCUUAGGAAACAACUGAUUCGUGGCUGGAGAGAUGCAGUUGAUAACUUUUGAAG